UGGAACCUCUUCACACUGUGUUUACAUGCUACGUGUGUCUGUUUGUGUGUGUGUCUGUGUGUGUGUUACAGGAACAACAGGUGUGUGGCAGCUGCUGAGGCCUCAGCUGCCUCCAUGUGUGCGUGUGCAGGGUGGAGGAGCGGACUGGUCCAGGUUCAGACCUGCAGGCUCAGAGCUCAUCCACAUGAGAGGAAGUGGGUGAAAGGUUGAGCUGUUUCUGUUGAGUUUGGUGUAUUUGAUUUAUCAGAAUCAUAACAACUACCUGAAAUGACAGAAACCAUCUUUGAGAAAAAAAAUUUAAGCUUUGUUUGUUCCAUGUCCCAUCUGCUAACACGGAGGAGGCGGGGUUUAUGACUGCCUGUCUCCGAAAUCAUUCACUAAUCAAUAUAUAGUGAGUGUAGUUGUUCCCACAAUGCAUUGUGAAAAGUAGUGAACAGCCAAUGGUCAAAGUGAAAUAUACCAUCAUGCAUUGCGCUUGUGGCGGAGCGAGGGCAUUCGAAUCAGAAAUAUAAAUUUAACAUUUAAAAUGUCAGAUUUUCCAACGACCAACGUAGUUAUUGUUUUUCGUGAUAAUCCUGCGACAUAAUUCCCAGAGCAGAGAAAAUAGACAUUAUAGCGUAAUGAGCGAAAGUGUUUUUUACGGUAGCAGAUGAGCUCACUGUGUACUUCUCUUAUAUAAAAGCCACUAUAUAGUGAAGUAGUGUUAAGUGAAUGAGUGAGUUCAGACGCAGCUUGUGGUUUCACUUUUGGGAGCUGGCAUGUUGUCCAUCUUUAUGAACAGGCUGUGGUAGAUUAUGUGUGUAUAUAUGUAUAUAUGUGUAUUUGUGUAAUGUAUGUAUGUAUGUAUGUAUAUGUAUGUGUGUUGAAGUGCCUUUGAGCAGCAGAAUCGACUCCCUGCAGGACAAACUGCUCUCUCUCUUACUCUCUCUCUCUCUCUCUCUGUGUUUGUCCCUCUCUCGCCCGCUGUCCUUCUCCCUUGGUUACAAUUGAUGAAAGGUCUCACCAUGGCGAUGGUUUCCAAGGUGUUUGAUAGCCAUGGACCCGUCCAUCACGCUGUGGCAGUUUCUGCUCCACCUGCUGGAGGACCAGCGGCAGAAUCACCUGAUCUCGUGGACCGGUGAGGACGGGGAGUUCAAGCUGCUGGACGCUGAAGAGGUCGCCCGGCUGUGGGGGCUCCGCAAGAACAAGCACAACAUGAACUACGACAAACUGAGCCGAGCGCUGAGAUACUACUACGACAAGAACAUCAUCAAGAAAGUCAGUGGUCAGAAGUUUGUCUACAGAUUUGUCAGUCAGCUUGACCCCUCCCUGCCUGAGGGGGUUCCUAACGGAGAGGACAGCCAGAGGAGGGAGAACGCCGACCCAACCAGCCAAUCAAAAGGCCUCGGGGGCGAGGCCUCAACCUGUCCAUCAAAGGGCUUGCCCCAGCGCUUGUCACCCGGCCCCCCCCUCAAGAGCUCCAGAAACGACUACAUGAAGUCCGGCCUCUACUCCACCUUCACCAUCCAAUCACUGCAGGCCUCGCCCAACCCACGGCCAAUCAAAACAGAGCUGCUGCUGCAACAAGACGCAGCGCCCAAGGUGGAGCGCACGCCCAGAGAGGUCUGUGUGUUGUCAGAGUCGAAGCCUCUGUCUGCAGGUGACUCGUCUCUUCAGGUGAUCGUCACUCAGUCGUCUCCUUGUCCGACUCCGGCGCUCAGUCCUCAGAUACCAGCCAGCACCAACAGCCAAUCACAGAAUCCCCCUGCUCCUGCUCUGAGCGAACCUCCGCAGAUUUAUCUGACCAGUGUCGGGGACCCGUCCUCCCUCACCCCUCUCAUCCCCCUCCAGGGCCUCCAGGGGGCGCAGCAAGACAACAUGGUCAACCACGCCCACAGCUUCCCACCUCACUCCCACACUGCUCCUCACUCCUCGCCCGUCUUCGUCAUAAUCAACCCGCCUCCCCCCCAGCAACAGCAGCAGGUGGCCAUGACUACAGCUCUUCCUUCCCUCGCGCCUCCUCCCCCCACUCGUCCUCCUCCUCCCCCCAUCAUCAUCAAGGAGGAGAACCUGCCAUCAGAGGAGGAGCUGCUGGAGAUAGUUUCUCUGGAGGAGAAACAGAGGGAGGAGGACCCGGAGCCCCCCCUCACCAUUGUGGAGAGUCCGCCCCCGGCCUGCACGGAGCUCAGGGUCGGAGGUCAGCCGCCUGCAGGGCAGAGGGGAGUGGAGGGGGAGGUCAAGGUCACAAUAACAGAUCCCUCUGGCCCUCCUGUGACCUCAGCUGUGACCCGUCCAGUGACCUCCACCUCGGACGCAGCUCCUCCCAAACCGAAGAAGCCACGGGGGCUGGAGCUUCCCUCCUCCCCCUCCCUCCCCCCCGGCCUCUCUCUGGAUAAGGUGAAUGCAGCUGUGAACAGUUUACUGGCUCCGGGAUCAGCGACCAACACGCUCACCCCGACCGUCAUCACCUCCCACUCACUGACUCCGGUGCUGUUGACUCCCAGUCCUCUUCCUUCCACCAUCCACUUCUGGAGCACGCUCAGUCCCAUCGCUCCUCGCUCACCAGCCAAACUCUCCUUCCAGUUUCCCACUAACGGCAGUAAUCAGAUCCACAUCCCAGCUCUGAGUGUCGACGGUCUCUCCACACCGGUGGUCCUGUCCCCUGGUCCCCAGAAGUCCUGAGCCCCCCCAGCCCCGAUCACACAGCUCCUCACCGGGCUCCUGACUCUUCUGACGAGGCCCCUGGCCCCCUGGAGGGUCGGAGCAGAACUGCAUCUGGACUGCCUCUGAAGCACUCCGCUCAGGUUCAAGCUCAUCGAGUGACUGGUAAGAGCGGCAGGUUUGAUUGUUGGAGUCUCUGAACUGAGCGAGCGACUCUGAGCAUCGUUCAUUGUUCAGUCUUUUCUUGUAGCGUCCUCAGACGACGCGUCGAGGGUUCUUCACUCGCACCACAAGAGGCUGACAGAGGAUGAGGUGGAGGGAUAUUUCUUCUUCUGAGGGCUUUAACUGACGGAAUAACUUUACAGAUUGUUUUUAAUUUGUUUAAAUGAACAGAGAAGAAAAACAAAUGUUUUUUCUUCAGUCCGACGGAAUCGACUACCGAUGGGAAACACGGAGAAAAGAAAAACAAAUAGUUUAACAUUUAACCAACGUCUGUUCUUUUUGGGAUUUGACUGAUGGAGGAUCUGUUUCAAACAGAAAAUAUGUUUUUUGAAUCAUCUGAGGAGAUUUUUGCAAAUCUGGAAUCGACCUGAUUCAUUAGGAAACAUCUGGAAAUCGCUCGGAGCUGAAAUCAGAUUCAUCUUUAAUGUUGCUCAGAACCUUUUACUUUGAAAAGGUCGUUAUUUAUUUCUCUUUUUGUUUUCACUCCUGAAUAUAACUGGACUGUUUCAAUCAACUAAAAAGAUGCGUUUGAUUUACACACCCUCACAGGAGGUCAGUUAUUUCAGCAUCAUUUUAUAAACUUUCCUCCAAAAAACGACUUUUACAGACAGUGGGGGGUUUUUCUUCGCUCUUAUUGGCUGCUUUUUAAGGCCACGCCUUUCCACACUUAUGCAUGGCCUGUUAUUGGACUGAACUCAUCAGCGUUGCGUUGAACCGACCAAUCAUAGCUGAUGAUGAUGAUGGACUCAUCAGUUUUUACUCAGCCAAGUUAUUUCUCUAUAAAUGUCUCAGAUUGUAUAUUUUGUAAAAGAGACUUUGAAGAAGUUUCGUCUUGUGAUUCUUCAGGAGAUAAAUGUUUGGGGUCAAAGUUUAAAUGACGUCUGACAGUCACAUUCCUCUGGCUGUGAAGUAUUGAUCAACGUGUUUGUUUAUUGAUUGAUUUUCGUGUUUUCUUCAUUCCAGACGUCAAGUAGGUUUUUCUAGGAGCAGCUCUAAUCCAUGAAUGUUGUCGCAGUGACGUUUUGAAAUCAGUCGUUCUCUUUUUAAAUCCGAGGAGUUCAGCUCCGGAAAAAAGUUUCACUUUUUAUUCCCCAAAAAAUCCAAAGUGAUGAACCUGCGGACAGAGUGUGGUUCCUCUGAAAAGACUGUUGUUGAUGUUGUUGUUGUUGUUUUUGUGAUGCUAGCUUAGCUCUGUGGUUGCCAUGGUAACCUGACCUGACUGUUGCUGAAGCUCGUUGUGAUGACGCUGUUGACAUGUUUCUAUGCUUCUGUGUGUGAUGACAAGGCUGCUGACUCCCACACACACACACACACACACAAUAUAUAUACACUCAGUGACCUGGGCCCUGUACCAAGCAGCCGUAUUUGGAAGAGUUUAACCUCAGAUCCUGCUUCAUAGUUCAGAACCCGGGUCUGAGACCUGAACUGGACAAAAUGUCCUCACAACUAUGGUUUUAAACCAAACUUUGAUCUCACAGAUAUAAAACGACAUAUGCGAACACACACACACACACACACAGACACACACACACGCCUGGACUGUCGGGAGCUGAGUGAAGCUGGAGUCUGAGUUUCCAGACAUUUGUAAAUGAUGACGCAGACGCCCACAUUCUGAUUGGUUCUUAUCAGUCACAUGACUCCACCUAGUCAUCAGAAGGGAAAUCCCUGUGUUUACACCACAUGACCAGUGCACAUGAAUGGUCAUGUGACAGGUGUGUUAGUGUGGAUUGAGAUUAUUUUGUGAUAAGGAGCUAAAGCUAAACGCAAAAGUGCCACAUGAAGAAGAGAGAGAGUUCGGGGGGGGGGGAGCUGGUUUUCUUACAGAUGUACGAACACUCUUAAACACUUGGUAGAAAAGACAAUGAUGUAAAAAAAUAAACCAAGCUUGUUGAAUUGUCUCUUCAGCCUCACAUCAGCUCCUGACGGAGAAGUUUCCCAGCCUCAGCAGUGACGUGAACGCAGCUCCAAGCCAUUGUGUUUGACUGUUCUCUAGAGCAUGACUCUAUUUUUCUAUUAGAGACGACCAGUCUAUUUUGUCAAUAAAGUUUAAAGAGUGAACGAAGCCUUAAAGAUUCUGAGCUGCAGCAGAAGAAAGAAACGCUCGAUGUUUUUAAACUGCAUGAUGAACAAAAAGCCAUUUACAGACGACAUUGUGACGUUAUGCUAACAUUUCUCUCACCAGCAGAACACCAAGAAUGUUUUUAUAUUCAUCAGCAGGAGCAUUGCAUUCUGGGUAAUGUCUAGGUGAUUUUGGAGCUGGAGGUUCACUGUAAAAAAUUAUGCGCCGCUUUGAUUGACCAUGUUCAAAAAUGUUUUAUCUUUAUCUGGAACAAUAAAGUUUGAUUUGAAGUUAAAGCAAAUCAGAAACAUUUCCUAUAAAUCAGUGCAGUGAUUGAUUAUUGAUGUUUGACUUAAGAUUGUUCACGCCUCCGUGAGCCGAACAUGUUUGACCCUCCAAAAUAAAAGUGGCACAACAUUUUUCACGUGUCCGUUAAUCCAGCGUUGUUAAAAAACAAAAGGUUGUUUGACAUUGUGUGACGGGUUUUGUGAUCUUUGUGAGCGACGCCAUGUUGCGAUCCGGAGCUUUCUGUCUGAUCAGCUGCUGAGGCUGUGGAGAAGAAUCGAUGUCGGUUAAAAGUUUAGAAAUGAGCUCUGAUUGGAUUAUUCACUGAUAGUUGACCUCUUUACUAAGUAGGUUCUGUGACCUUUGACCUUUUGUCAUGUCAGUGUUCGUUUUGAUGAUUCAGAAACAAAACAAUAUUUUGACAAACUCAGAGGUGCUGAGUGUGUCCCAUGAUCCUUUGCAGCAGGAUGAGGUCGGACAGAAAGCUCCGGAAGCCUUCGAUCUUCUAAUUGUAAAGUUUUUAUCUUUAAAUCUUUUUGUGUAUAAACAUGAAAUAUAACCUGAAUCUAUAUAUUCUGUAUGGGCGAGUGUAUUUCAUGUGUUGUUUUCGUGGCCAAUCGUCGCUGUCAGAUCCUGCGUGGCCCUGCCCCUCCUGGCCUCUGAUUGGUCGAGGAGUUUAUUGAUGUAAGGGGUGGGGCCUGCUUUUAUUUUUCGGAGACAGAGUGUCCACGACAUAUUUACUGGAAAAACUAAAGAUAUUUUUUAUGGACUUUGGUGUAAAUGUUCUUCAAAUGAUUCUACUUGUUUUCUACGAACACACACACACACACACACACACACACACACACACACACACACACACACACACACACACACAGAAACUCACUGUCUGCCCCCAAACUUAAACCUGAUUUAAUAUGAACCUUAAAACUGCAUUAAAGUACUUAAAGUACUCGACACAGUGACAAAGUCUCGCAGUUGGAAAAAGAAACGAACAAGCAAACACACCACAAACACAUUGGUGUACAAUAAUAAAACUAUUUUGUUGUGUA